AUGGAUAGCCAAAAACGCGUGGACCAAGCUAUUUUGGGUGUGAACAACAACAUCAACAACAACAACAAUGGCAACAACGAGGACAAUGCGCCCGAUUGUGGGCAGCAGGAGCAGCAGGAACAUCAGCGUGAGGAGACAGCGGGGACCGAGGGUGAUGGCAAUGGUGCAGCAGAACCACUGACGGAUCUGCUGACUUUCUAUCAGGUUGACCUGAAGGAAGUGACCAAUGCGCUUCUCGUCCCAGCUCACAUGCUUUCGGCGAAGCUGCAGCCACGAAGCUCUCUCNCCAACACCGAGGGGGAGGUGGUACAAACGACGCCGACGUCAAACGGCGAAGAUAAUUUUGAGACUGGCAGCAGCAACAGCAGCAGUGUUGCGGAUGCUACCCCGGUGGGACGGCCGAGGCGCUAUCGCCCGCACCACAGCACACUGAAGGCGGCGGUGCUCACGUCACUGGAUAAUACGUACUAUGUGGAGGAAACUCUCGUGAUUGGCUCAAUGAGCCGGCGCGGUGGGCUGUUGGAGCGCGGUGGCGAUGCGGGUGGCACCCUCAGUGAGCAGCGGCAGGCGACGUCGCCGUCGUGCAGAAGCAACUUGAUCACUUCGCCACUGAAGCAAAGCGUGGUUGUGCCGGCGGUGCAGUCGCCCGUGGCACGGCAUCAGAGCGAAGUCCCCGGCACCCCAUCUUCACGCGGUGUAACAUUUCUCGUGCAGAGGCCGUCGAAGAUUGAGUUUGGCGUUGACAAUGCCAUGCCAGGGAAUGGCGGAGAUUCGGAUUGUCCUCUUCUUGAGGGCAGUAGUAGCAGCAAAAAGCCGAAGAAGAAGAAAAGCGUCCGUUUUCCUGAAAAUGUGAUNAAGUCUGUGUCAGUCGUCGAGGCGGAUGACCAGCUGCAUCUGCUCGUGGAGUACAACCACCCAUGGUACGCCCAUCUAGUGCUAGUGGUUGCCAGUGCCUUCUUCGUCCUUCACUGGGCCUUAAUUGCCCAGGUGACGAAGCCAUCGUUGGCAGAAGAGCGCAUCGCUGCCGCUUCUGUUGUAUCGUUUGUUGCAUUCGGCCUUGGUUCGACAUAUCUUCUGGCCUUCUUAGCUCUUAUGUGGCGACCUGGCAGCGAAGAGCGCGAGUAUCUGAAGGACUUCUCAAGGAAUCGCCCCGUUAUCUAUGUCCUCCUCGCCGGCGUCGUGGCGCAGUUGUCACUUGUCGCCACAUUCAUGCUUAGCGUUAACAGUGUGGGCCUCGUCUGCUUCUGCUGCAUCCCGCUCGUGCUGACGUACCUUUACGAGGAGUACAAGAAGCACAGCGUCUCGGCGCUCGACGCAAUGGGCUGCAUCCUCGUCCUCGGGUCGAUCGUCCUUUUUAGCGUCGGUGCGGAGACUGAUGACGCCCAGGAGAUGUACCACCGCGUCGUGCCGGUCAUCACCGCCCUCGUGGGCGGCGCCAGUAUGGCGUUCUUCCUCUUCCAAGUGCGUACCGUCAGUCGGUACGUGAGCAAUUUCCUUGUCAUGUCAUCGACCAUCGUGCUGUCAACGCUCGUGCUUGCCUUCGUCGCGUACAUCACGAGGGGCUUCACGACACCCAUUGGCACCUCGCAUUGCCUUCUAACGGAGAUAUCGUCCGCCGACUUCCUUAAGAUAGCUCUCAGCGCACUAUUCCUCUUCCUGUCGUGGUUCGUGUACCACUGGAGCUCGCUCUUCUUCGACCGUAUGACGCUUUCCGGCAGCUUCUCCAUUGGGGGCCCCAUCUCGCUGCUCGUAUUCUUCCUGCUGUCACUGCCGACGGCGUCGCUGCCGUACGGGAUCGCUGGCGGUGUGGCAAUGACGAUAGGGUGCGGAUUGGUACUAUUCUCAGGCUACCGGUUCCGGCAGAAUUUGGAGGUGCGGAUCGAGCUGGAGUGUGAGUGA